UCGGGUGGGUUUCUGCCGUUGUUAACGGGAGUAAACAAAAGUUGUUGUUAGCGACCAAUGUCGUUAAUGUGAAUAAAAUCGAUCAAAUACCGUUUCAAGGGAAAUGUAAUAAAUAGCGCCACGCAAUUAUAUAAGAGCGUUGAAUAAUUGAAGAGGAUAUGUAAGAUUUUAUUCCAGUUAAGUGAAAAGCGUGGUGAGGAAAGGGCCAUGGAUUCGCGAAAUCAAAAGUUGGAACAACAGCGUCAGUUGAUGGAGCAAAAGAUGAGACAAAAGAGGCAGACUGCAGGGAUGAUCCAAGCAUCUGAUAUUCGGAAUAAUAGCGCUAAGGGAAAUAGAGGAAAUAGUGCAGCUAACAGAAGGGAAUUACAUGGUUAUGAUGGUCCUUUACAUUAUUCAAUGACAAAAGACAAUCCAGAUCAAGUUAUAACAAUCAUCCCUAGUGUUGAUGCAAUUGAUGAUACUCAAGUAGAAGAUCUGACAAUAAGUUCAUCAAAUGAACUCAUGGACAUUGAAGAUGAAGAAUCCACUCCCAUAACAACUUCAUCUGAUAAUGGGGCAAUGCCUAUUAAUCCAAUUAAUGAUCAACCUAAUUUAAUCAAUCGUGGGACUGCUGAAAUGGAAGGUGAUCUGGAAGGAAAUAUAGAAAAGUUUGUCAUGCAACCAGCUACCCAAAAAGUACUUUACAAGUGUAGAAUUACUAGAGAUAGGAAAGGCAUUGACAGAGGCCUAUAUCCAACUUACUACCUGCAUUUAGAGAGGGAAUAUGGAAAGAAAGUAUUUCUGCUGGCUGGAAGGAAACGAAAAAAAAGUGCUACAAGUAAUUACUUGAUAUCUACAGAUCCUAUUGAUCUAUCAAGAAAUGCUGAAUCUUAUAUAGGUAAACUGAGAUCAAAUUUGUUGGGUACGCAGUUUACAAUAUUCGAUAACGGCAAAUCCGCAAGGCGUAGUGGUCCAAAUGAUACUAACAUUCGUCAAGAAUUAGCAGCUGUUAUUUAUGAUACUAAUGUGUUAGGUUUUAAAGGACCAAGAAAAAUGACUGUCAUAUUACCAGGUAUGACAUUGAGUUAUGAAAGAGUGUUGAUGCAACCACAAGAGAAUGGAGAGGGUUUAAUUGAUUUAUGGAAGUCGAAGAAUAUGGAAAAUAUUAUUGAACUUCAUAAUAAAACCCCGGUCUGGAAUGACGAUACACAAUCUUACGUAUUGAAUUUCCAUGGUCGAGUGACGGAAGCUUCGGUGAAGAAUUUCCAGAUAGUUCACGACAGCGAUAAUGAAUAUGUUGUGAUGCAAUUUGGUCGCAUUGCAGAAGACAUAUUCACGAUGGACUACAGAUAUCCAAUGUGCGCUUUACAGGCUUUUGCCAUUGCGCUUUCCAGUUUCGAUAGCAAAUUGGCCUGUGAAUAAUGGCUUAAGGUAAGAAAGAAGGCUAUGUUUAGUUUACUGAAAGGAAAAUCAAAAGAAAAAUGAUGUAAAAUUAAGUUGCCUUUAAUCUUGGUGAUAUUAUUGUUUUAUAUAUUUACCCUAUGUUUUUGAAGCACGAUAUUUUUCUCUAGUCCGAAUAAUUUUAAGCUGCAAUUGUGUUUAAGAAUGAAUACAAAAUAAGACCGAUUUGAAUUAAGACUGCGUUAUUUCGUUAUGUUACACAUUUUGUUUAGCUUGUUCAUUUUAUUUAUAGUCUUGGAAACAAGUGUCCCAACGACAAGUUAAUGCAUCUGAUAAAGACAGUAUUGUAAAUGUUAGGAUAGUAUUUUAUAAUUAAUAUUUAUUGAAUUUAUUUCUAUAACCGGGUUACGAGGAAUUAAUAAGCGGAAAAAAAACACACAGGGUGUUAUUGUUGUUAGAUGAGUUUUUAAACUUGAUGUUCAUUGUCUGUUCACUUAAAAUCAAGUCAAUUUAUCUGAAUCUGUAUUUUUGUACUUGAUGUAUUAUACAAGAAAAAA